AAGAAAGUGGUACUCAGAACAGUUGAUCCCCAUCAUUUCAUUUGAUUAAAGGUCAUCCGCUUCACUGCCACAAAUACAUACAGCUCGGAAAUCAGUAACAAUGUAUAUGGUUUAAGCCUUGAACAGAAGAAAGAAUAUGGCAAUUUCUCUCAAUUCUGUUGUUGGGUUCAGCUCAAGGUUGCCAGCCAAAUACCAGCAUGUGUCUAGAUAUUCUGUUAGAUCUUCAUCACCAAAGUCUACCCAAUUCACAUUCUCCUUGGGAAUGGUUGGUUUAAAGGUUCAUGUAAAGGAAAGAAGAAGGGGCUUGUUUCUCUCAGUUGCAGACAGUGAUCAUCUUGCUGCGGACACCACUGAUAAGGAUCCUGAUAGAGCUGAAAGCUCAGUUUCGGAUAAUCAGCUUUCAUCUGUUGAUGAUGGGCCGGGACCUCAAACCUCUGGAGCUUCUAACAGUUCCAUAGUCUCUUCAGAUAUGAAUCAGCAGAAAAGCACUAACCUGAAAUCUACACCAAAAAGGUCACCUCUAACAGCAAGAGAGAGACUAAGGGCUGCUAGGGUUCUCAGCCGGUACACAGAAUCAAAGGCGUCAAAAUCAGAAAUGGGUAGCAAAGUACUGGAUGCUUUGAAGGAAAGUGAUAAGGGGAAGGGGAAGAAAAGAUCUGGACUUCCAGAAGCCCCUACAAACUUGUUUGAUGACAGUGACAGGGGGUUACCAAAGGAGGGAUGGACUUUUCAGUUCCCAGGGGGCGCCGAUCUCUUUGUCAUUGCUGUUUCAUUUGUUCUCAUCAGCACAAUUAUGUUUACAACAACUUAUAUUGUGUGGAAAGUUGGCGCAAUCCAUUUUAAUGAGUACUAAGCUGGAGUUUCAAUGGGAUUCUGCAUUUUUGGAUGAGCUAACUUCUCAAUGCGUCCAUUAAAAAUUCAGACUACUUAGAUUUCAGGUACUUGGGUAGGGCUUUACAGGUUCUAUUUAGAGAAGAUACAUGCAUGGCUGUACAAAACCGGUUGGCCAGCACUUUACAUAUCAAAAGAAAGGCACAUAGGCAUGCCCAGUUUGUUGAUCUUUUAUAUAUGGCCUCACUUGUGUCUCUCAUUUGUGGAUCAUGAUGGAGGUCAAUCCAUUUUAUAUUUUGUGGAUGAUGAUGAUACCCUUAUUUUGUAUAUACAGCGCAGUUUAUCGCAAAAUGGUGCUGAUUUCUGCAGGAUGUUCAGAUUCAAAUUCCUUGUAACUGUACAAGACAGUAAUCCCUAAGCUUGGGAGGUUAAAUCUAUGGACACUAAGGGUAUUAUUAGGACA